AUGGCUGCCUGGUUGUCAAAACUUUUUGGAAGAAUAAAAAACAGAAGCAUAAUUGUUACUGGAUUAGAUGGUUCAGGUAAAACUUCUAUUCGUUAUAAACUAUUGUUAGGUAAGUUUGCUAUGAAUAUCCCAACCAUUGGGUUUGGGGUUGAAUCAUUUGAAUAUAAUGAUAUUUGUUUUAGCCUUUGGGAAGUUAAAGAAAAAGAUAAAACCAAACCUUUAUGGAAAGACUACUAUACCUAUUCUGAUGGAAUUAUAUUUGUUAUUGAUUCAACUAAUACCAAAGACCAAUUAGUACAAGCAAAAAACCUUCUUAAUCAAAUACUUAAAUUUAAAGAAUUAGAAGGAAUUCCUUUAUUAAUAUAUAUAAAUAAAUAUGAUUUACUUCAAGACAAAAAUGUGGCUGAUAUUACCAACCAGUUAGGAUUAAACCAAAUUAAAGGAAGAGAAUGGUAUUGUCAGUCAUCUUGUGCAAUCAAUGGAGAUGGUCUUUAUGAAGGUCUUGAUUGGCUUUCUUCAAAAAUCAAUUGA